AAAAAAAUCAACCAGGUGUGGUGGCAGGUGCCUGUAAUCCCAGCUACUUGGGAGGUUGAAGCAGGAGAAUCGCUUUAACUCAGGAAGCAGAGGUUGCAGUGAGCCAAGAUCAUGCUGUUGCAUUCCAGCCUAGGCAACAAGAGUAAAACUCACUCCAUCUCAAAAAAAAAAAAAAAAAAAAAAAAAUCUAGAGUUGGGAGAAUCAUAUGGCUGGCAUAAAAAGGUCAAGUCAAAGAUAUGUAAGAUUAAGGCUUUAUGCUCUAGUUCUAGUAAAACAGACUGGGUACUUGUUUUGGUGUGAAAUUGCCAAUGUAAGUAUAGUACUGUACAUACUAGUUGUUUAGCUUUAGAUAAGUCUUUUAAUCUCUUUAAACUCCAGUUUCCUCAUCUAUAAAAUAAAGAGAAUAUCUGCUUUGCAAACUUGUUGUGAGAGUGAAAAGUAAUGCAUAUAAAGUCCCUGUAUGGAGCAAGUACUCAAUAACUAUUUGUUGAACUAAAAAUAAUAAUACUGACAUUCACCAUGUCUUAGCAUCCCUAUGUGCCAGACACUGUAAACAAUUAAAAGUUAUCAUUCUGGUACCCAGAAUACAGUAUGAGACAGAUAUGCAAAAAAAAAAAAAAAAAAAAGAUAAUAGAGUUCUGCAUAGCAUAAGAUGCAGUGGGACAAAAUGGGAAAAAACACCUAAAUCAGCUUGGGGAAACCAGGAAGAAGUGAUAGAGGUGGUGAUGCUUGAGCUAUGAACUAAAGGUUGAGUAGUAGUUUGUCAGACAGUAAAGGGGAAAGGACAGGGCAGGGAGGGGCCAUUGCAAGAAAUUCCAUGCAGAGGGAUUAUGGUAUUUCAUUAUCACUGAACCUUAAACUGUGUGUGUGGCCAGGUACGGUGGCUCAUGCCUGUAAUCCUAGCACUUUGGGAGGCAAGGUGGGCAGAUCACUUGAGGUCAGGAGUUUGAAACCAGCCUGGCCAACAUGGUGAAACCUCAUCUCUAUUAAAAAUACAAAAAAUUAGCCAGGCGUGGUUGUGGGUGCCUGUAAUUCCAGCUACUUGAGAGGCGGAGGCAGGAGAAUUGCUUGAACCCGGGAGGCAGAGGUUGCGGUGAGCUGGUAUCAGGCCACUGCACUCCAGCAUGGGCAACAGAGAGAGACUCCAUCUCAAAAAAAAAGUGUGUGUGUAAAACAGACAGUCUUUGUAGGAGAUGAGGUGAAGCAAGUAGGCCGGAGUUAGAUCCUGAGGUGAAGCAAGUAGGCCAUGCCAAGGAGUUUUUAUUUUAUUCCAUAUAGAUGAGAGGAGAGUCACUGCAGAAAUUUGAACUGAUAUGCAUAUGAUAUCAUGAGGUUUUUUUGUUUUAGAAAGAUUAUUCUGUCAGUCAUAAGUGAAGGGACUGGGGACAUUGGGACUGGAGGCAAAGAGAUCUUAUCUCUUUGCAAUAGUUUGAAAGCUAUUGCAAUAUUUGAAGAGAAGAUUGAUAAAUGCUUGAACCAGCACAGUGGCAGUACAGAUGGAGGGAGCUGACUACAAUAAAAUCAUCAGGACUUGUUGAUUGACAUGAUAUAGGAAGUGAAGGACAGGGAUGAGUCAAGGUUGAUCCCCCUAGAUUCUGACUAAGGCAGCUGGGGGGAUGACAGUGCCAUUCACAGAGACAGUGAAUUCUGGCAUAAACACCUAAUAGGUCAGGCUGGUUUACACCUCCAUCAUUCCCAUGGGAGAAGGUAUAGAGGGAUGUGUGUUUGUGUGUGUGUGUGUGUGUGUGUGUGUAAAAGAACACAGAAAGCCAGAUUCCUCUUUUUGACACCAGAAUAUUGGUUCCCACCAUAGUCAAAAGGAUAUUCCUGAGGAUCGAGGCUUGGAAAAAUAUUGGGGAAGGAUAAGAACUCCAGUUGUUGCUGCUUUUUUUGGCAGCCAGUGUAACCUAGGUAAGGACUUGGUUGAAUUAAGAAAUUUCGUGUCCAGAUCAGGAUGGAUUUUUCUCUUUCUCUGUGCUCUGGUGUGUUUCCCACUCAGAUUGCAGGUUGUAUGUACCUACAGUGUGAAUUGUGCUGUUUCUGUGCUUGCGCAAGGGAGUAGCUAGGUUGCUGGGAGGUCUGGAUGAGGGUGGGGGUGGGGUGAGAUCAAGUCUCCAGCUCCAAGUGGUCCCCUGGGGCUAAGUGAAAAGCUUGCUCUUUUGAAAUGGUCUUCGUUGGUAAUUAACAACAGAUCAAGAAUACCUUGGUGUCAAAUAAAGGGAAUUUGUAGGCACAAUGCUGUUGGUUCAUAGCUCAAUCAUUCAAGGAAGCUAUUAAAUCUGUGAAUAUUAGCAUUCUGCCAGGUAAAGAGAUCUGGUUCUUAGCACCUCCCAGACACACUGAUUCUUUACUGUUUUGAAACAUCUCCCUCUCCUGGCUUCCUCCACCCUGCUUCCAUACUGUCCUUGAAAGCAAUAAAUGGUAAUUUAGUGUAUCUAGUGUAUCACUAGCAAAUGUCUGAAUAAGAGAGGUUUGGUUUCCGCUGUGCCUCCUGUUACAAUGAGAACAUGUAUUGCAUAAAUUUAAUUGGCUACAUUAAUGUGUAAGCCUUUUCUGCAAAGAGAUGGAUCCGUUUCUGAAUAUUCUAAGGGCAGAGUUUUGAGUAUAUGGCAGUGGUUCUAAUUAGCAGUUGCUCUAAUACAAUCAGACUGAGACGGAAGCUACUCAUUUAGAAUACUGGUUGAUGACAACACUGGCUUGAACAAAGUGACCACUCUCCAAUGGCUACUCUCCCUCUCAGUGGGCCGCAGGUUGCUAGGGCUCAGGCUGUGGCUGUUUUCCCCGCCGAAAAGGGGCGGGGUCAGUCGGUGUGUUAGAAAAAAAAACAAAACCAUAUAUGUUGUCUGCCUCCCCACAGAGGUAACAACCUUUGGAAAAACAUGCCGUUGAGCGGGAGGAAGGUGAAAAGAUAGGCUGGGUUUUUGCGGGGUGGGGGAGCGUGGAAGAUAGGGUGGGCUUUUUCCCCUCCAGUGCUGCGACGCAUUAACCCUGCUGCUGUUGGGACGUUCUCUGCUCAGCCUAUUGGCUGAGCCGGGGAGCCGCUGUCUGCCAAUCGGGUGGUGAAAGGCAGACAAAUCUACCCCGCCACCAGCAAAAACGGCGCGUAACCCUUGCGGCGCCGGCCGAACCGCGCCAGAGCUGGCGCGGGGAAAGGGAGAUAGGUGUCUCCAGCUGCUGUGGCUGUUUGGGGCGGGUCGGCUUCAUCCGCGUCUCAGGAGCAAGUAGAGAAUUAGCGGGCGGCAGCAAUGCUCCUCAAGGUGAGAAGCUGGACAGAAAUCUGGCGGUGGGCUACCCCUUUGUUCCUCUUUUACCACCUGGGUUACGUUUGUGGGCAGAUCCGCUACCCGGUCCCAGAGGAGUCACAGGAAGGGACUUUUGUAGGGAAUGUCGCCCAAGAUUUCCUGCUGGAUACGGACAGUCUGUCAGCUCGCAGGCUGCAGGUCGCUGGAGAGGUGAACCAAAGACACUUCCGUGUGGAUUUGGACAGCGGAGCCCUGCUCAUCAAGAACCCAAUCGACCGAGAGGCACUGUGUGGGCUCAGUGCCAGCUGCAUCGUGCCCCUGGAGUUUGUCACCGAAGGUCCUUUGGAAAUGUACCGAGCAGAGGUAGAGAUCGUAGAUGUGAAUGAUCACGCCCCCCGUUUUCCGCGGCAGCAGCUGGACUUGGAAAUUGGGGAGGCAGCUCCUCCAGGACAGCGUUUCCCGUUGGAAAAGGCUCAGGAUGCAGAUGUGGGGAGCAAUUCGAUUAGCAGCUAUAGGCUGAGCUCCAAUGAACACUUUGCACUGGAUGUGAAGAAGCGCAGCGACGGCAGCCUGGUCCCAGAGCUGCUCCUGGAGAAGCCUUUGGAUCGAGAGAAGCAAUCGGACUACCGCCUGGUGCUGACUGCUGUCGAUGGAGGGAACCCGCCGAGAUCUGGCACCGCAGAGCUCCGGGUAUCCGUGCUGGACGUAAACGACAACGCCCCAGCCUUCCAGCAAUCCAGCUACAGGAUUAGUGUGUUGGAGAGCGCACCAGCGGGCAUGGUGCUCAUCCAGCUCAAUGCCUCAGACCCGGACCUGGGUCCCAGUGGUAACGUCACCUUUUAUUUCAGUGGUCAUACCCCUGAUCGUGUAAGAAACCUCUUUAGCCUGCACCCCACUACUGGAAAGCUUACUCUUUUGGGGCCCCUAGACUUUGAGAGUGAGAAUUACUAUGAAUUUGAUGUGCGGGCUCGCGAUGGGGGUUCUCCAGCCAUGGAGCAACAUUGCAGCCUUCGAGUGGAUCUGCUGGACGUAAAUGACAAUGCGCCUUACAUCACGGUGACCUCAGAGCUUGGAACCCUCCCCGAGAGUGCAGAACCUGGCACUGUGGUGGCACUUAUCAGUGUGCAGGAUCCGGACUCAGGGUCAAACGGAGAUGUGAGCCUCCGCAUUCCCGACCACUUGCCAUUUGCCCUCAAGUCUGCCUUCAGGAACCAGUUCUCCCUGGUGACUGCUGGACCCUUGGAUCGAGAGGCCAAAUCUAGCUAUGACAUCAUGGUCACUGCUUCUGAUGCUGGGAACCCUCCUCUCAGUACCCACAGAACUAUUUUCCUCAAUAUUUCAGAUGUGAAUGAUAAUCCACCCUCUUUCUUUCAGAGGUCACAUGAGGUGUUUGUUCCUGAGAACAAUCGCCCAGGGGACCUGCUUUGCUCCCUUGCAGCCUCUGACCCAGACUCUGGCUUGAAUGCACUUAUCUCCUACUCGCUCUUGGAGCCCAGGAAUCGAGAUGUAUCAGCUUCCUCCUUCAUCUCUCUGAACCCCCAGACAGGAGCUGUUCAUGCUACUCGAUCCUUUGACUAUGAGCAAACCCAGACACUGCAGUUUGAGGUGCAGGCCCGGGAUCGGGGCAACCCACCCCUUAGCAGCACUGUGACAGUUCGUCUAUUUGUGUUGGACCUCAAUGACAAUGCCCCAGCUGUGCUCCGUCCUCGGGCCCGGCCUGGUUCCUUAUGUCCCCAAGCACUGCCUCCAUCAGUUGGUGCUGGCCACCUAAUCACAAAGGUGACUGCUGUGGACUUGGAUUCAGGUUACAAUGCUUGGGUUUCCUAUCAGCUCCUGGAGGCCCCAGAUCCCAGCCUGUUUGCAGUCUCUCGAUAUGCUGGGGAGGUGCGGACGGCUGUUCCCAUCCCAGCUGACCUCCCACCACAGAAGCUGGUCAUUGUGGUAAAGGAUAGUGGUAGUCCACCACUCUCUACCUCUGUUACUCUCUUAGUGUCCUUAGAGGAAGAUACUCAUCCAGUUGUCCCAGAUCUUCGAGAAUCUUCAGCUCCAAGGGAAGGAGAAUCUCGUCUAACCCUCUACUUGGCUGUGUCCCUAGUGGCAAUUUGCUUUGUCUCCUUUGGCUCAUUCGUGGCACUACUCUCUAAGUGUCUUCGUGGGGCAGCCUGCGGAGUGACCUGCUUUCCUGCUGGCACCUGUGCCUGUCUCACCAGAUCUCGAAGGAGGGAGGGGCUUCCCCCUUCCAAUGGGAUCCUCCGAAUCCAGCUAGGGUCAGAUGACCCUAUCAAGUUUGUUGAUGUGGGAGGCCACUCUCACGGCUGUACACCCUUGGCUUCUGCACCCACUCGGAGUGAUAGCUUCAUGAUGGUGAAGUCACCCAGUGCACCUAUGGCAGGGGAGCCUGUUCGCCCAAGCUGCCCACCCUCUGAUCUUCUGUAUGGGCUAGAGGUGAGACCUUUGCAGGCUCAGCCAAUGCUUGAGGGUUAUUCUGAUCCAGGCAUAUGGCUAGGCCAUGUCCUAGAGAGUACUGGCCUCUCAGUAAGAGCCCAUAGUGAUGUCACCAUUUUUGUAAGAGGUAACUAUGUGGUAGACGCUGUGCUUUGUAACUAUUUUAUGAAUUAA